AUGUUAAUGAACGUAAUAUCAGCAUCUCAAAGAUUAAGCAAAUCAGCAACAUCAACAACAUUAUUCAGGCAUGACGCUUUAAUCAAUAAUGUAUAUAGAUAUCAAAGUUUCAACUUUUGUAGUUCCACCAAUAAUAAUACUAACAACAACAACAACAACAACAACAAUGAUCAUGUAAAGCUAAAAGUUCCUAGAGUAAAAUAUACCAAUUUAUUAAAAUAUUAUCAUAAUUACAACAAAUUAGUAUAUUCUUGGGGAAGUGGUUCAAAUGGAAAAUUAGGACUUAGAAAUGAUGUUACACAAUUGAUUAAACCAACACUUAUAGAAGAUUUACUCUAUGACAAUAUUACGAAUAUCAGCUGUUGUACGACCUGCUCGUUGUUUGCAACAGACAAGUCGAGAUUGUAUGGCUGUGGAAACAAUGCAUACGGUCAGCUGAUCAUUGGAAACGGUAAGAUACCACUGUUGGAGACGAUACAACCGAUCGAUGAGGAGUUCCAUAAGACGAUUGCCGACAGCGGUAAGCGCUUAGUUCAACUGACAAGUGGAACCUACCAUAACGGUGCAGUGUAUGACGAUGGCACUGCAUACCUCUGGGGUAGUGGUAACAGCGGACAAGUUGGCGCAGCCAAAUACGCAAGACUGCAAUUCCAACCGCUGCUCAAUACAAAGUUAUCGAAUCUCGGUACGAAGCAGCUAGCACUUGGCUCUACAUUCUCUCUGGCUCUCACAAACGACGGUGAUAUCUAUUCGUUUGGCUCGGCGAUGUUCAACGAGCUUGGACAUGACUCGGAAUUCACCGAGCGCGUUCCAAAGAAAAUAGUGACAAACUACAAGUUUACUGCGAUCUCUGCAGGCUAUUUCCAUGGCAUUGCACUGACCACCGGCAACAAGGUUGUUGUAUGGGGACGCAACCAAGAAGGACAAUGCAAACCAGUGGAAAGCGGCAUGGAGAAAGGAUGUUUCUCAGGCUUGUUUGAGCUAGAUCUCUCAGGCGUCAACGGUAAAGUAAUUCAUAUUAGAAGUGGUAGUUUCUCAAACUAUAUUCUCACUGAUUCCGGAAACAUGUAUUCAAUUGGAUCAAAUAGUCAUGGUCAAUUAGGAGUUGGCGAUGAUUUCAAGUUUGGAGAGUUGAAUCAUAUCAAAUCAAUUGAAAACAUUCAAAUGUUUUGGACUGGACACCAAUAUGUGAUUGCAAAGGAUAGUCAAGGUCGAUAUUAUGGAUGGGGAUCGAACUACGAUUUUCAAUUGGCAAACGAAAAGCGAUGUGUAUAUAAUAUGCCAAUCUUGUUGGAUAAUCUCUCGUCAAUUGGUAAUAUAGAGGAAAUUGCAGCAUCAGUGACACAUUAUUAA